AUAUAUUCAUUAGGACAGAAAAUUAUUUACUAUAGUAUAAUAAUGCAAAUUCAAGUGAUAACCUUUCAACUAGCAAAAAUAAGUAAUAAUAAUUAAAUAGUUAUAAUCUUAUUUUGAUAGAAGGAGAUGAUACGACUGGUGAAAAUGGUAAGUGAGAUAGUGAUAUUGGUACCUGAUUAUAUUUCAUGCAAGUCAACUGUGUUCUAUUGCUGACCGCAAAUUUUUUUGGGGAUAUUCUUUGAUGAAAAACAUUGUAUGAUCAACAAUAAUCAUGAGAGCCCUGCUUCUUUUCAUGUCUACAUUAUAAUGAAUAAGGAUGCUGUUUUCGCAUCAAAUGAUCUCACAAGUUAAAACAUUUAAUAUCACCAUAGAAAUGGUUGGUGGGGAUAUAGUAUCGCUUUGUCCAAAUCAAUUUGUUUUUGAACCCGAAAAAUCCGAAGAUGACCGAUGGUACGGAAUCAUUAAACUAAAAAGUGAAUUCGACAUAACAGGUGUCAUCUUACAGGUACAUUUCGACAAGUCAGUAAUUGAAUUUGGGAACUACUUAGGUCAAGUUGAUGCAAACGAUGAUAACACCCAGUUUACAAUAAAGAAUGAGAAAAAACGUAUCAACGCUCAUACCACAGAAAAUAUGAGAAUUUUUGUUAUCUAUCAUCCUUUAUAUGAUGUCGUACCACCAAACUUAUCCAAAAUUGUGUUCAACGGUAGAGAAAUAUGUCCACAUUUUGAGGAGCAAAAAAUGAAAACUGGACUUGAAAACACACUAACGAGUAUUGCGUUGAACAUAAGUGUACCAAAGUGUGGAAUAAGAAGACCAACAACGACACCUCUGAUAACACUAGGACAAAACACAAGACCUGGAGACUGGCCUUGGCACGCAGCGAUAUACUGGAAGUUUGGCAGUCAAAGAAAAUACAAUUGUGGGGGUACCCUCAUAUCUGAGUAUCAUGUAUUAACUGUGGCUCAUUGCACUACCUCGCGGACUUCCCUAAAUUGUACCACAGAUUGUACCACCGAGCCAAGAGCCCUGGAGCCUGGAAAUAUUUUAGUUAUCCUCGGUAAAUAUGGUAUUUAUAUAAUAAACGGCAGUAAUGAACAAACAAUAGAAGCUUCUAAAAUAACCGUUCACCCCCAGUACAGCAGCAGAAGCCUAUUCAACGAUAUCUCGAUCAUACAUUUGAAGAGACCAGCACAAAUGACGAAUUUUGUGAGAUAUAUUUGUUUAUGGAAUGAUGAUACUUCGUUGAGCUCUGUUAUUGGAAAGAUAGGUAUAGCAGUAGGAUGGGGUAGGAAUCAUCAGGACAAUCAGCUCUCUGACCUUUUGAUGCAAGCUCAAAUGCCAGUAGUGGAUACUUAUACCUGCAUAUAUUCGUUUCCAGAAGUUUUUGGACGAUUCACAAACAACGAAAAUAAUUUUUGUGCAGGAUUCAGAAAUGGUACGUCUGUUUGUAAUGGAGACUCUGGUGGAGGGUUGAUGUUUCCCAUGAGAGGUACAAGUGGACCAAAUACACAAUGGCAAAUACGUGGUAUGGUGUCAAGUACAGUACCAAAAAUCGACAACACAUGUGAUCCCAACCACUAUGUCAUAUUCACUGAUGUUGCCAAAUAUUUGGGCUGGAUUCAUAAUAUAACAAAAUCUUGAUAUAAUUCUGGUAUCUUAAUUUUUUGAUUGAACCACCUUUAAAAAGGUCAUACUGCACCAUUGGGAAUAUGGAUUACUGUUGUCUUCUGUCUUUUUGAUAAUGGCAUUAUAGUAAGAUUCAAAAUAUCAGACAAUAUACAAUAACUACCAGGGUAGAUUAAUAGACAUUUUGGAUCUUCAAAUUCAGGCCCUCAAUCCAAAAUGUUCUCAAAUGUGAUUUUGAAAGAUUUAAAAAAUAUAUGAAACUGUUUUCCAGAAAAGUACAUACAUUAUCCAACAUAGUUUCAUGAUUCAAUUACAUAAUAUUCAUUUCUAGAAUGUCAAAUACUACUGAUAAAAUAUUAAGUCUUUAUAAAACCAAUAUCCACCAAGAAAACAUAUUGUUUUACCAGAUUAUAGACAUUGAGUAAUACUCUAAUACUACUCAGAGUAAGACCCUGAUUUUUUCCAGAGACUAUAUUUAUUAU